AUGCUGUGCAAUAUGAACUUGACACAGCUGCGUCCCGCCUUCUGGGCGCUGCCUCUGCUAGCUACCACGACAGUCGUCCUCGGUCUCCAGGUCGCACCCGGCUCGCCCUGCGCGCACAACUGUCUAGGAUCAAGCUCUGAUAACAACUGGAGUGCCGAUGCCUCCAAGACAAAUUCCAGCGAGAUCACCUGCUCCGAUGCGGCCUAUGCGGACAGCAAAGUCGGCAUCAAGUAUAAACAGUGUGUCGAGUGUCUGCGCACAAGCUCCCGCGGUAAUUGGGGUGAAACGGACGCAAAGUGGUUUGUCUACAACUUGAGGUAUGCUCUUGAUGUCUGCCUCUACAAUUCGCCCGAGGCAGAUCCUCCCGUUCCUACCUCUCCAUGUGCGGACAACCAAGGCUGCAAGAACCUCAAGUCCGCCCUUGCCGGAGACCAGCUCGUACCGACGCAAAAUAUGACUUGGAACUAUUGCUUCCGCGACGAUGGUGUCUUCAUGGGCUCAAACCGUACCUCAUGCAGGGACUGCCUGCGCGAGACGAAAGACCAGACUUAUAUGGCCAACUUUUUGACGGCUCUAGAGGCGGGAUGCCGCCAGACACCCGAAAAAGGUACCGUCAUCGGGCUCAGCGGUACUGUCUUCACCAGCCAGCAAGUCAACAUGACCGACCCAGAAAGCCCACCCCCCGGAGACCACGCCUCCCUCUCGACCGGCGCCAUCGUCGGCAUCGCCAUCGGCGUUGUCGUCUCCAUAUCUGUCGCCGUCGCCCUGCUGCUAGUAUAUUGCAAGAAGCAUCGCGUCGAGGAGAACUGGGAGGACUACUUCGACGACAACCUCGCGACGCCGCAGCGUCGGGGGCCUCCCCAGGACAGCACAGCCCUACGAAACGUACAGUAUCUACCCACGCAGCCAGAGGCCGUAGCAAAGUUGCCCCGAGCCCAGCAGAGAGGCAACAGUGGCCCCGCCAAGGGCUCCGAAGAACGGCCGCCCGUGUCCAGCGGUCACUACUCGGACAGCAUCGAGCGGCACCUGCCCAACAGCGGCCACAUCUCUCCCGCCAAAGAGCCAAAUGCUGCGGCCGCCCGCCCUGAUGGCUCCAGGUACGACGACCGCUCCAUCUCCCGCGUCCACUCCCGCACCACUACGCGGGGCGGCUCGCCCACGGGCCAUCGCGAGCCCUCGCCUCCCGCGUCGGUGCACAGGCACGUGCGAUCCAACACGCCGGACUCGUUUGCCGUCCAGGCAUACCUCGAUGCUGCCGCCGAGUCGGCGCGCAUGGCCACCGCCGCCGCAGAAGCGGCAGCGGCCGCUGGCUCCCCCACAGGGUCCUCCUCGGCGAGCACCAAGCGGCGGUCGAUCCUGUCCCUCCUGUCCCUUUCUAAGCUCGGCGGUGGCCGUUCCUCCAACAAGAGCCCAGAGAGUUCGCCCGUGCAUCCUGGGUAUAUCCUGCAGCCGCGGCUCACCAGCGACAAGGCCUUUCACGGGGACAAGAACAUCUCCCGACCCAUCCUCGCCAGGGAGGAGCCGCGUUUCCUCGACACCCACACCAUGAGCAGCACUUCUCCCUCAGUGUCGAGAGCGCCCAAGUCUGCGACAUCUCCAAAACAGACUAAGUACAUUGAGUACAAGGAGGUUCCGCUGAGGGAUGGUAACAGUGCCUUGUGGGAUUGA